AUGAAGAACCCAAGUGCAUCAAUUCAGAUCCAAAACCAAGAUCUUGUGGAGGACCAAUCAUUUGACCUGGAAGAUUGGCUUCCAAUCACAGCAUCAAGAAAUGCCAAUUGGUACUACUCUGCUUUCCACAACGUGACUGCCAUAGUUGGUGCNGGAGUUCUUGCUCUCCCUUACGCCAUGUCAGAGCUCGGAUGGGGACCUGGGGUUGUGGUGUUGAUCCUGUCAUGGCUCAUCACAUUAUACACACUCUGGCAAAUGAUUGAGAUGCACGAGAUGUUCGAAGGGCAACGGUUUGAUAGGUACCAUGAGCUGGGUCAGGCAGCCUUUGGGAAAAAGCUUGGUUUGUACAUCGUGGUGCCGCUACAACUAUCUGUUGAAAUCAGUGUGUGCAUAGUCUAUAUGGUGACAGGAGGUAAAUCCCUGAAGAAUGUACAUGACCUUGCUGUUGGACAUGGCAAGUGCACAAAGAUGACAAUCACACACUUCAUUUUGAUCUUUGCCUCUUCCCAGUUUGUUUUUUCCCUUCUUAAGAACUUCAACUCCAUUUCUGGCGUCUCCUUGGUAGCUGCAGUCAUGUCAGUGAGCUAUUCCACAAUUGCUUGGGUAGCCUCAGUGAGCAAGGGUGCCACGGAGAAUGUAGAGUACGGGUAUAGCAAGAAAAGAACGACCUCAGAGCUGUUUGCCUUCUUAAGUGCACUGGGGGAGAUGGCUUUCGCGUACGCUGGCCAUAACGUUGUUUUAGAGAUUCAAGCAACGAUCCCAUCAACACCUGAGAACCCAUCAAAAAGACCCAUGUGGAAGGGAGCCAUUGUAGCCUAUAUCAUUGUAGCUGUUUGCUACUUCCCUGUGGCUCUUGCAGGUUUUCAUACCUUUGGAGACAAUGUCCAAGAGAACAUCCUCGAAUCACUCACAAAACCCAGGGCACUUGUCAUUGUGGCCAACAUGUUUGUGGUCAUACACAUGCUGGGAAGCUACCAGGUGUAUGCAAUGUCUGUGUUUGACAUGAUCGAAUCUGUAAUGAUAAAGAAAUGGCACUUCAGUCCAACAAGAGUUUUACGGUUUAGCAUCCGGUGGACUUUUGUGGCCGCCACGAUGGGUAUCGCAGUGAGAUUACCAUAUUUCAGUGCACUGCUGUCGUUUUUUGGGGGAUUUGUGCUUGCCCCGACCACAUACUUUAUCCCCUGCAUCAUGUGGUUGAUCCUAAAGAAACCAAAGAGAUUUAGUGUCUCAUGGUGUCUCAACUGGAUUUGCAUAAUUCUUGGGGUUCUCCUGAUGAUCGUAGCACCUAUUGGGGGACUCGCCAAACUAAUUGUUCACAUUAAAGAGGGCAGUCUACCUAAUACUGACGACUGCGCAGACUUAUAG